AUGACCUCCCGAUCGUUUCGUCCCUUUUUCGGGUUCAUGCCUAGUGUUUGCUUCGUCAGUGUCACCGUUGCCCUAUAUCACGCGAAUAGAAGUUCCAAGCAAAUAGAUUGCAACGGCUCUGAAGCGCCCACGCACGCACUCACGCUCCAAGCCUUGAGGCACAAGCAACAUCCAACGCAUCUGGAGAAUCGAAAUCACCUUGCUGGAAAGAUAAGCCGUGUGAUGACUAUGCGCUCCAUUGUAUUGCACGCGCUCAUUCUCCCUACUGUGUCAGCUGGUAGGCUGUUCGCCGACGAUGCGUACCUCGAAAGUGCUUGGGAGGCUUCCACCGUAGCGAAUGCCUCUCCCGCUUCACUGCCACGAUCAGAUAUUCCAUUCCAGACUAUAACAGCUGAACACGAGAAUAUAGAGCUCCGACAAGCACCGGACGUAGCUGCCAAUGCUGCCCAGCCACCUGUUGAUCCUAAAGCGAUGCCGGAAAGCCCUGAGAAUGCAGCCAAACAAGUAGAAAGUUCCACGGACCCAGCACUGCCUGCGCCUGGGGCAGCGUUCCCUGCACCAGCAUCAUCAACCUCUACCGAACUCCCACCCGCCAACCCAGACCCAGUAGACGCAGCACUUCCAGCAACUGAAACCUCAUCCCCAAUUCCAGCAAGCAAGUCCCCCCCAGAAGCCGCUCCCAUGCCUGCACCACUCGUCGCCCCCCUUCCCUCAGCCGCAAGCCCCAUCAUAGCAGUCGUAGCCAGCGCCAGCGCCAGCGCCGCCACCACCACACCUCCCUCCCCCACAGGCGUCAAAGGCGACGACUACAUCUCGGUGCAAUGGGUCGAAACCUGGAUUGGCGGUACAUUCAGCACCUGGGUCCCCGAGACCUGGACCGUCCACUUUCCCUCACGCACACCUGGCCCAGCACCAGGAAAGGGCGAAAUCGGCCUGGGCACCAUCGAGGGCCAGGCCGGUAGCACGAGGACGAUAUAUGAGGGUGCGGCGCCUACGCCGGCUGCGGUGUGGGCCAGGGGCGUGGCUGCUGCUGUUGGGAUGGGUGUGUUGGGUCUUGUUGCGUGA